AUGCUUGCUGAGUCUGUUAAAUCCUUCGCUAAAGAACAAUUAGCGCCAAAAAUCGAACACCUCGAUGAAAUAGAAGGCUUCAAUGAUGCAGCCUUUAGAAAACUAGGUGAUUUGGGCUUAUUGGGAAUCACGGUAGCAGAAGAAGACGGCGGCGCGGGCAUGGGUGCUGUGGCAGCAACCAUCGCCAUGGAAGAAAUGGCAGCUGUGGAUGCAUCCACUACUCUUUCUUAUCUUGCUCACUCCAUUUUGUGCGUGAACCAGAUCGGCCGUAAUGGCUCAAAAGAACAAAAACAAAAAUACCUUCCAAAACUCAUUUCAGGUGAACACAUCGGUGGAAUGGGAAUGAGUGAACCGGGUGCAGGUUCAGAUGCUUUGGGUAUGCUCACUCGCGCAGAAAAACAAGCAAACGGCGCUUAUAAAAUCAAUGGAUCUAAAACAUGGAUCACUAACGGGCCAAACGGCGAUAUCUUUUAUUGCUACGCUAAAACUGGUCCUACAAAAAAAGAUCUCUCCACUUUCAUCAUCGAAAAAGACAUGGUGGGAUUUUCCAAAGGUAAAAAAUUCAAAAAGAUGGGCAUGCGCGCCUCUCCUACUGGUGAACUUUGGUUCACGGAUGUGAUGGUGCCGGAAGCCAAUCGUGUGGGUGAAGAAAACUCGAGCGUAAAAUCCAUGAUGCGAAAUCUAGAUAUCGAACGAAUUACCAUCGCAGGAUUAUCUCUAGGAAUCGCCCGCAAUUGUAUAGAAGUGGCCACUCAGUAUUCCAAAGAACGUAAACAAUUUGGAAAACAUAUUGGUGCCUUCCAACAAGUUCAAGAACGCUUAACCGAAGCGGCAGCUUGGUAUGAAGCUUGUCGUGCGAUCACUUAUCAAGCUGCAAAAACUUGGGAUUUAGGAUUGAUGCAAGGUAAAGAAGCAUCCAUGAUGGCUGCAAAAGCAAAACUUCAAGCAGCACAAAUGGCCACUCAAGUGGGCUUAGAUGCCAUUCAAAUUCUCGGUGGUUAUGGAUACACUCGUGAGUUUCCGGUAGAACGUCAGAUGAGAGAUGCGAAGUUAAUUGAAAUCGGUGCAGGCACAAACGAAGUACUUCGUCUCGUGAUCGCACGCCAGAUGCUCGGUGAAAUCGCAGACGAACUGAAAUAG